AUGGAUACUUGGCUUCAACUUCGAACAAUUUGUGACCCAGCCUUAUCUGAGGCUCCUGCGAUUACUACUCUUGCUUUUGACCCAUAUCAAGAGCUUUUAUGGGCUGGUAAUGAUAAAGGCCAAGUAACUUCUUAUUUUGGUGGUGAAAUGAACAGAUAUACAAGUUUCCGGGCCCAUUUAAACGAUGUCAGACAGUUGUUGGUUAGUGAUCGUGGAGUAAUAUCAUUAAGCUCUGAUACCGUAAAAAUGGUAAGCCGUAGAGGUCUAGUAAAAUGGUCAAUAAGUUAUGAAGAUACCACAGACUUGCAUUGUAUGUCAUAUACUACAAUGCCACAUACUGAAAUUUUGGCUGCAGGAAAACAACAAAACAUAUUAGUUAUUAAUGUUGCAAGGGGCACUGUAGUGAAGAAGGUUGAAUCAGAAAGUGAAAUUGUAGUGAUGAAAAAGUCUAGGUUGGUUUGUUGUGGUGCUUCUUCGGGUGAGGUAACUCUGCGUGAUCCACGUACAUUCAAAGUAGAACACCGAAUACAAGCUCAUACAGGAGCAAUAUCUGAUAUUGAUACUUCAGGAAAUUUAUUGUUGACUUGUGGUUUUUCAUCAAGGCAUGGUAAUCUUGUAAUAGAUCCUUUAGUCAAAGUUUAUGACAUUCGAACCAUGAGACCACUUGUUCCUAUACCUUUUCCUUCUGGACCUUAUUUCCUCAAGAUGCAUCCAAAACUUUCCACAACAGCAUUCAUGGUAUCACGAACAGGCCAAUUUCAUGUAUGUGACAUUGGAAAUAAUUCGGCCAUUCAUUUCUAUCAGGCAAAUACAACUAGUUUUGUUAAUGCUAUUGAUAUUUCAACAUCAGGCGAAAUGUUAUCUUUUGGAGAUUCCGCCAGUUUUAUUCAUCUUUGGUGUGAUCGAGAAGAUUCAAAGAUUAACGCAUUUUCUAAUCCUAUAGAAUUACCUGCUGUUCCUACUCCACCUCCAAAUAUAGAUAUUAGUGAAAAUGAUUCACUUUCUCUUAUUGGAAUACCAUAUUAUAGAGAACCAUUACUUUCUGUUUGGCCUUCCAAUAUGUUAUUUGAAGUAGGUCAGCCACCUCCAAAAAUCGAUACUGAUAUUUUGAACAAUAUGAAAAUGAUAGAUUUUGUUGGAUAUGCACCUAAUCCUGGCAAUAAAAAAAGAAAUCAAGCAUCAUUAUUUGAUGACGAGACAGAACUUGAUGCAACUAGUACAAGGAUGCCUAAAUAUUAUAAAAGAGUGGAAAUUAAAUAUAGUAGAUUUGGCGUUGAAGAUUUCGAUUUUGAGUUUUAUAACAAGACACAUUAUGCAGGUCUCGAGACACAUAUUGCAAAUUCAUAUUGUAAUCCAUUGUUACAAGUGCUAUUCUUUACUCCAGUUCUAAGAUCAAUAACAAAUUCACAUAUUGGUACAGCUUGCCCAAAAGAAAAUUGUCUCUGUUGUGAACUUGGAUUCUUAUUUAGAAUGUUAGAAAAUGCUAGGGGAAGAAAUUGCCAAGCUUCUAAUUUCUUGAAAGCUUUUAGCACAAUUCCACAAGCAUUGGCGCUUGGACUUUUUGAGCCAGAUGAGCCAGAUGAAAAAACACCAUAUUCAAUGCUUAUUCAAAAUUUCAAUAGAUUUAUAUUGGAACAACUUCAUCAAGAAUGUAACUCGGAGAAUAACAUAAGAAUAUUAAAAUCUUUACCAUUGGAACAAACACACUUAUCCAUGAUUCAACAAUUAUUUGGAAUGCAUAUGGACUUUAUUAGCAAAUGUCAAUGUGAAACUGUUACUAGGCGUCUCACAACGCCAUUUGUUGUAGAUUUGCAGCAUUACAUUAAACAUAAUUCAAAAGGAAACAAAGAAUCAUUUGGAAAAUCAUUUGUAGAUAUUUUAUGUAGAAGUAUAAAGCGUGAAAUGCAACCUAAAGCUUGGUGUAACAAUUGUCAACAAUAUGUGCCAACUAUUGCCAAGAAAAUACCUAAAGGACUUCCACCUGUGUUGACAGUCAACUGUGGAGUUGGUAAUUCAGUACCAGUUGAAUUCUGGAGAAUCAUUGAGGGAAAUAAAUCUUGGUUACCAAAAAGACUUUCUAUGAAAAUAGAUGACGACGAUUUAAUUAUAAAAGAAUUGACAACUGAUGCCGUAGUUGAUGUUAAUUCUACUGGAAUUAAAGUUGAAAAAGAAAUGCCACAUCUUGUUGCGUUUGUAAAAGAUCCUUCCAGUAAAAGUCCUUGGUAUCUUUUCAAUGACUUUUUAGUAAAAAAUGUAAAAGAACAAGAAUGUCCGGUAUUAUUAUAUUUUUCAAGGAUAGACAUUAAUGAUUUAAUGGAUACAAGUGCAUUACCUUCAGAAAUUGACAAAACAAUCCUAUUUAAAGAUAUUUCGAUAGCAAAACACCGUUUAAAGAAAAAAUCUUCUCAAUUAUUAACUCCAGAAGAAUUACCACAACCAGGCACUUUGGUGGCAAUUGAUGCAGAAUUUGUAGCAUUAAAUAGGGAAGAAACAGAAAUUCGAAGUGAUGGUACAAAAUCAGUCAUUCGCCCAAGCCGACUUUCAUUAGCACGAGUUAGUGUACUACGUUGUGAAGGAUCAAAAGAAGGAAUUCCGUUUAUUGAUGACUAUAUUGCAACAUUAGAGCCUGUUGUAGAUUAUUUGACCGAGUACUCUGGAAUACAAGAUCUUGAUCCUAACACCUCUAAACAUACACUGGUUCCCUUAAAGGUCGCAUAUAAAAAAUUGAGAUUGCUUCUUGACCUUGGUUGUAUAUUUGUUGGACAUGGGCUAAAAAAAGAUUUUAGAAUUAUCAAUAUUUUAGUACCCCCUCAACAAGUUAUUGAUACGGUGGAUAUAUUUCAUAUUAAGAAUAGACAAAGGAAAAUAUCGUUAAGAUUUUUAGCAUGGUAUUUACUUAAUCAAGAUAUACAAACGGAGGCUCAUGACAGUAUUGAAGAUGCAAGAACAGCAUUAUUGAUUUAUAAAAAGUAUCUUCAAUUUAAAUCAGAAGGUAAGUUUGGAGAAGUUUUAGAAGACAUAUAUAAUGAAGGGCGUAAAUAUAAUUGGAAACCCACGCCUGGAGUAUUUCCAUCCAAAUUUGGGUGA